GCAGCACACAAGAAAGCCAAUUUCUUGACGCUCGUGCUUACAGGGUACAUUUAUGGGCUAGUUUUCGUGUGGUUGCCAUUCCCUUUGAUACUUUGCCCUUCCGAAAGGUUACUGCCCUUGAUACCGCUACCAGGAAAAUAUUAUAAGGAGCCUCUCUUACUCUACAUCGCCGUGUACGCCAUUCAGAGUUUCGUUCCGCUUUCACUGAUUAUGGUCGUGGACGGUCUCGACUGCUUCUUUGUGUCUUCGAUGGUACACACCGAAGCUCUCCUCAAAGUUGUGUCGGAGCGCAUCGCAUCUCUUGGGCACCUUCCCUAUACAGACUUCACGGUGCAGCGAUUUUCUGGUCUGGAGCAGGAAACACGCAGAAUGGAUGUUGGAAACAACUCAGAUUGGACAGCAGAGUUGCGUUCGUGCAUUGUGUGCUAUCAAAAAAUCAUAGAGUUUCUACAAAGACUGGAGAAGGCUAUGAACAUCAUGGUGCUUAUACAGCUUUCCUUCUCAAUGCUCAAUCUUUGUAUGGCAUUGUACCAGCAGACUAAAAUUCCGGAUUUGUCUUCAGCGCUAAAAUACAUACUUUAUCUACCGUUCCCUACAAUGAAAAUCUUUUUCUACUGUUGGGCCGCUCACAGUGUAAAGGAACAGGGUGAGGAGGUCUCUUGGGCAGCCUAUAGAUGUGCUUGGCCUGAUAGUAAUCAGGAUUUUAGGAAGAACUUGGCGAUUACUAUGUGCAGAGCGCAGCGACCGUUGCUCCUGACUGCGGGGCAGAUCUAUCCAAUCAAUAAGAAUGCCUUUGUCUCGCUGGUCAAGGCAUCAUAUUCAUACUACACAUUGCUGCGACAGUUUGAAGACAAAUGAAUUCAAUCACAAGGUCAACAGGCUUGAAAGUUGUUUCCUGAAUUAUCAUUCACAUGUAAAGAAUGGCAAAUAAAGCAGAAAGAAUACUCAGCACUGAUUAUAUUCAUGUACAAUCCAAAACAAUGCUGUUAUAUUCACCAUCAUUGUUUUUGUGCAGGUGACAGGCCAUCUUAUCAAAAAUAAAUUUUAAAGGACCUCAGCAUGAAACUUUCUUGUUUAUUUAUUGUCACCCAUUUAUAUUCUUUUAGGUAUUUAUUUAUGCAUUCUAUGUUGUGAAGACUUACAGCAGCAGUUUACUCACUGGGAUGUUAUGUGCAGUCAUCUUACAUGUGUAGAAUGUGUUUUAGCCCUUACAAGUAGUUUCUCACAUACUAUAACAUGCACAAAGAAUCACCAAACUAUAAUUAGUUAUUCAUAAGGACUUUCAUUAUUGUCCUUAACCAAGCCUACUGCUAUUCCAUACUGAUAACCUGUUAUAUUUUAUCCUUCUCACCCAAUAAGAAAACUCAAAAUGCUUA